AUGUUCGCAAUCAACUCGCCCGGGCUCAAGGUGAUGCAGUUCGUCAUAACGCCUGCGAGCAUCCACAUCCUCAGAACCUACAGCAAGAGGUCGAAAGCCGAAUCUGCCAUAGCGUCGCAUGUCAUCAUAUUGUUAUCCACCAAGUUAAAGAUUCACUACGGCUCAGAGAGGGCAAGGUCUAUCUACCUCACGCUGUACAGCAACAGCUGCAAGCAGUUUAACAGGUUGCUAAAGGAGUUUUCUGUACUCUAUCUAGUAGUAUUGGAAAUCAUUAAGAUGGAAAUAGAGAGCGAGAUGCUAUCCUUCAUCAAAACUAAGAGACGGAUAGAGAACGCCUCGUUUUAG